AUGAGCGAAGAGAGAAGAAUUGUCGUGUCUAUUGACUUUGGUACCACUUUUUCGGGCGUCGCUUGGGCAGAGACGACUCAACCGGAUGUCCAGCAUGUUUUAUCCGACUGGCCGUCAGUUGGUUCGUCCCAAAAUAGCCCCAAAGUCCCGACAGAGCUGCGGAAAAUAGCAACAGGUUGGCAAUGGGGCUUCCAGAUCCCGAAAGCGGCAAAGAGAAGUCGAUUCUUCAAGCUAAGGUUAGAUGAACCGCCGGAUACAAAUGCAAAGACAGACGGAGAAUCGGCUCAAGAACUAACAAGGGUAUAUCUAUCAUGCCUCUACGCCCACUUUAUCAGCGUCUUGGAGGGCCAGAUGUCGCCCAGCGUGGUGCAAUCAACUCCAAUGGAUGUUGUUGUUACUGUUCCAGCUAUUUGGUCAAAUAGCGCAAAGCAGGAAACGGAAAAAGCAGCAUCAUUAGCUGGCUUUGGUGGAGAGAAUAAGAUUAGACUUAUAUCAGAGCCUGAAGCGGCAGCGUUAUACACUGUCAAAUACCUGAGCCCUUCUGUCCUACAAACUGGUCGAAGAUUUGUGGUUUGUGACGCAGGAGGAGGAACAGUUGAUCUCAUCACCUAUGAGGUUGCCAAAGUUCAGCCCCUACAAAUGAGAGAGGUCACAGAGGGCACUGGAGGUAAAUGUGGGUCUUCGAUGCUCAACAUGAGGUUCCGGCGAUAUUUGAAACAGGCACACGGGGAUAAAUAUUGGACAGAUGAGCGACUCGUCAUUGCUUUGGGAGAUUUUGAAUCGUUUAAGAAGGAUUUUUCCCCUAGAGGUGAGCCACUUACGCUGAAAGUCGACCCAUCUCUUGGCCUGAGACGAAAUCGAUUCACAAUACCACAAGACGAUAUGACACUCAAGAUAUGGGACCCAAUUAUGAAGGACAUAAUUUGCUUGAUUAAUGAACAGAUAUCAAUGGCAGACGAGGAGGUUGCUGCUGUCGUCCUCGUUGGUGGGUUUGGCCAGAGUAAAUACUUGAAGGCUCGCGUCCGAGAAGCCAUCAUUCCCGGAGUGCGAGUUCUUCAGCCGGAAAAUGGUGUCACAGCAGUAGUGAAGGGGGCCGUUAUCUAUGGCCUUGGGAAUUACCAGCCCGCGAUGGCCCCGGUGGGCAUUGCAUCUCGGGUCGCCAGACGGUCAUACGGCACCUGCCUAUUGGCAAAGUACGAUCCGGCGAAGCACGACCGGAACGAAGCAUUUUGGUCCGACAAAGAAGAAGAAUGGGUCGUUAUUGAAAUGUGUUGGUUCAUCCGCAAGGGCCAAUCGUACCCUGAAGGCAAGCCUUCUAAGAUCGAAUAUCAGUGCGAUAUACCCGUUUUCAUGGGGCAUAAACCACAGGCAGAUAUCGAGAUCUUCAGCAACGAUGAUGAUCGUGAAGCACCAAUACACAUCACCGGCUCUACCAAACGGGUAGCUACGCUAUUUCUCGAUCUGCAUAAGAUACCCAAGUCAGCAAAGACAUCUGCGAAAAAGAAGAAAAUGGGAUGGCACCGAUAUUAUUGCUUGACCGGGGCAAUUGAAGCAAGCUAUGGGUCCGCAAUGAUAACUUACACGGUGAAACUUGGAGGUUCGCUCGCCCUAUUACCCAACCUCCAAUGA